AUGGCAGAUAUUAUCAAAAGUUCUGACUUAAUUGAUUGCUUGCGGCGAAGAAACAAGACAACUUCUACAAUCCCAGCUACAGACAUAUUAGUUUCAAUACUGAUGUAUUUGAUUCCGUUUCUGAAUGGAUUGAAACAUGGAACUUAUUUGUUCCACAAAUACCAUUUGCUAGAAUUAGUAUUUCAUCCAGUUAUACCAUUGCUCAAUUUCUACAAAUCAUUCCCAAAUGUUGGAUUAUUUGUGUUCUUCACUCUUUAUCUUGGGAUUGUUAGAGACAGGAAUUUCAGUAGAUUUUUUAGGUUUAAUUCAUUACAAGUUAUGAUUAUGGAUUUCAUGUCUGUUGUUCCUGAAUUGAUUAGGAAAGUGUUGGUGAGUGCGGAUACAAUGGAAGAGAUUGGGUUUAAGUCUGGAUUGUUGAAAAUUAGUCAUGAUGUUACCUUUAUGCUGACUGUUGUCGCGUUUGUUUACGCGUUUUGCAAGUGUGUUCUUGGUAGGAUACCUGAAUUUCCUGGUGUUACUCAUGCUGUUGAAUGA